UGUAAAUCACAUUGUACUCUUUUAUUUUUCUAUUGAACAAACGAACACUAAAAUUCUCUAAUUAAAAUGUAUAGAGCAGAGCAGAAUACGGAUCCAGGCUUCGAGUCUAUUAAGUUACUGGACCUGCCGGUUAAUGUAUUGGACAAAGUAAUGUCCCAUUUGGACCAUAGACACCAUCAAUUAUGGCGCGAUGCGUCAGAGGAUAUGAAACAAGUCCACAAUGAUUAUAUCAUUCACAUGCACAAGUGCUUUGAGGUGGCCCAUCGUGAAACGCCAAUGGAGAGUGACAGGCUGCGGAGUGUAAGAACCAUGCUGCAGAUCCAACGGCAAUCGAUCAGCUACUUCAUGCACCAAAGCUCCGAGUCAGACGUAGCAAACAGUCUUUUGCUCUUCCAUCAAGAGAUUCGCUUGGGCUACGACGGCGAAGAUAACCCUGAGGUAAUGUUCCUAAGUAAAUUCCUUGGUCGACUUCUGAUGGACUUGGAUUGCUGUACUUCUGACAAGACACAAAUUCUGGAAAGACGCCUUCAAUAUACGAUUGCACUAUUUGGCCUUCUGAGACAAUUACGCACCUUUAAAAUCUAUCACUGCGGGAUGAAGCUGUUGCACUGGCAUUUGGAGGUGGAGUUGAGCAACAUUUCCAUCGGAGUCGUUGAAGAUAACAACGAUAUGUCACGCCUUUCGGAGGCUAUGAAACGCAUGACCUUUUUCGACAUUAUUGCCGAGCUGCUCUAUUACGAUAAGAUGGGCCGAGUCUUUAGCGGACAGAAAAAUACAGGAAGUCACAUAUUUACAUAUGGAAUCCAAGCCCUUUCGUCUGCCAAAGGCAAAUCGGGUCUUCAGUUAAAAUUCGUAGUGCAGGCUCCGAAGAGUAUAGUCGAUCUGCUGGAGGAUGUCAUCAACGGAAAGGACGAUCCUAGUAAGCCGGUCCAAUUGCCACCAGAAUCGGUCUUCAGUGCUCGCAUCGAGGCUAACUGUGUGCGAGGCCCAAAAAUUAAUUAUUCUGGCAAAUUGCACCUAAGUAUUUUAAAGAUGUCUGAGCUGGUUUAGAUGAAAGUGAGCAACAGAAUUAUAUUGUCUAUAUCAUUAUAUUUUUAUGAGUUCGGCCAACACCGCAAUUAAAUAAUCAACUUUUGUAACUCAAAA